AUGGCCUGGGCGUCGACGUCGACGCCGACGCACUCCGCCUGCUGGCACACCGUCUUCGACAGCCACCUCGGCGCCGUGUUACUACUCCAUUGUGGUGCACAGAGUCGACUCCCAGUCUCCUAUAUAAAGAGCCGAUGCCCCUCUCCAAGUAACCUGCCAAUGGAACUUGAGAAACUAUGCACUUUUCCAGGUCAUCUGCACACCUACAGGUUCUGCGACAAUGUGUGGACCUUCAUCUUGACAGACGCAAGUUUCAAGAACGAGGAGACAACAGAGCAGGUGGGCAAGGUGAAGAUUGUGGCCUGUGAUUCCAAAUUGCUCGGACAAUAG